AAUUCAGUGUCCGUCUCAUUAGGAUGGGCUGCAAGAACCGUCCGUUUUACCAGUUGGGAGCCCUUCCCACGAGACGCAGACCUAACCUAUUGCCCGAUGAAGUGAUCGGAAAUGUAGAUCCCGUUCCUAAUCAUAACAAUGAGAUCAUCGCGUGUGUGGACCUCAAACGACUGGCCUAUUGGACGGGAAAGGGAGUUAAGUUCAGUGGAGGCGCUCAGAGUGUGUUAGGACUGGCCGGUUGGUUCCCAAUCCCUCCCAAGACAUACAUGAGAGCGUUGGGGAGUCGGGAGAAGGAAAGGCAAGGAAUGGACACUAAGGCGAGCGAUGAGACCGCAGAGGAUAAGGACAAAGACAAGGAUGAGUUUGUCAUCGAGAGAGUCAUCUCCAAGAAGCGAAUUUGCUGAGCACCGGUACCCCAUUUCAUACAGUAGUAGCACCGGUACCACCAUUUCAUACAGUAGUUGUUUUAUAAAUUUGUAAUUAUAUUAAAAUAGUUAUUAUGAAUAAUAAUGAAUAAAUAAAAUAAUGCGCGAAUAAGUGGCACAAAACACAAAACAAA